AUGGCGACAAAUCAGCAUCCCACACAGCAUGAAUUUGCACUCGUUGAGACGCGUACGCCACCUAGGACACUUGCGCAUCAGUCUGGGGUCCGAGAUGCUCGAAUCAAAACGGCUUGUGCAGAAUGCAAGCGAAGGAAAACCAAGUGCGACGGCACGCACCCCUGCUAUUCUUGUCGAUGGUACAAGCAACCCGAGAGAUGCAUCUACACCUUCUCACGUCCUGCGCUUGUCCUCAGUCGAAAAAACUUCGAGUCUGUUCGCCAACGUCUCGAGACCACGACCGAAAUUCUCGCAAAGCUGUUCCCGUCACCAUCAGUUGAUGCCCUCAGUGGACUUUCCCGCGAAGAACUACUGCAACGAAUUGGCUUAUCAUUCGAGACGGCGGCGUCCCCAGUGGCACCCGACCAAGGUAGUCUUGCCAUCGGCAACCUAAUACCUGUUGAGAGUCGACCUCAAGAUCGCGAUGAUGAUCUCAUGGACCAGCACGAUACGGUUCCCAGUGCUUUCCAAGAUUCUCAGCAACAGGACGAUGUACCAUCUGAAGCUGGUGAUGACGUGAAUGCCCUUUCGGCAACAACAAUACAGCCUUCGUCUUACGUUGGUCCCUCUUCGACGAUGCAAAUGUUCCGUACGAUACUCAGAAUUGCCCCUGAAUCGGUGGGCCAGCAACAGCCAACACACAGUCCAGAAACCAGUCAACGAAGUGCGUCCUACCGUUCUCCCGAGACCAGCCACAAGACACCACCAUCCCUCCAAAUGACUGAGAGAAUUGGUACGUUGAUCGACGCCUAUUUUCACUGGAUUGACCCUGCCACCCCUAUCCUUGACCAGACCGAAUUCAGGAAGAUCGCCUCUGCCGGUACUCGAAACGACAGUCCAUGGCUUUGUCUCUUCAAUAUGGUAUUGGCGCUUGGAUCCAUUGGCUGUACGACGACGGACUCCAGGGAACACCUCAGCUAUUACCAUGCUGCAAAGUCACACCUGGACAUAGAAGGCCUUGGGAACAAGAACAUUGAGACACUGCAAGCUCUAAUUCUCAUGGCUGGCUGGUAUAAUCAUUAUCGCAAUCGACCGAAUCUUGCGUCUGCACUUCUCGGAGCAGCAUUUCGUAUGGCAUAUGCAUUGGGACUUCACAAAGAACAGCCUAAUAACAACUCAUCUGUUGAGCAUCAAGCCCUGAGGCGGAAGAUCUGGUGGAACCUCGUUGUCCUUGAUUCAGCCGAGGCCGUGACAUUGGGCCGUACACUGGAUACCAAGAUCUUUGAGAGCGAGGUGAAAUAUCCUCAAGAGAUCUUACAAGAUAUGCCUGAUGCUGGUGAAAGUCCAUGUUCUUCCUCGGCUCUGGCCAUUACCAUUGGCUUCUCACGCAUCAUGACAGAGAUACAAAGCCGGUUGAUGGCUUCAAAUACUGUACCGUUUGCCGAACUCCUCAGCCUCGAUGCACACCUUGUCGAUUGGUACGAAGGUCUACCGACAUACUUUCACAAACUAGUAGGAAUGGGUGCUGUUAUGUCAGAUUCAUCGGGUUCGAAACGCUUUGUGCAGCCUUUUUUGACCAUCAGAUGGCGCUACCUGAAUCUCAGAAUGCUAUUGUAUCGGCCGAGUCUUAUGGAGGCGGUCCUCCACAGAAUCCCUUUCGGCGGGCUUACAUCUGACCAGCGGUUGUGUGUGCGAAAGUGUCUGACGCUGUCCGGGGAGACCAUUGAUUCGGUGAAAACUAGGUCGUCGGAGUCGCCGAACCAAUACAUUGCCUGGCCGUCAACCUGGUACUUAUUGCAAAUCUGCAUGAUCCCACUACUCAGCUUGUAUGUGUUUCGCGCGGAUGUUGGCGACCAUGGUUCCCAGGCCGAACCUGCUUACCAUCUACCUUUUAGACAUUCAGGCAGUGUUAAGGACCAGGUUCGACAAAUUCGAGAGGAAUGUCACAGGCAAGUUCAGACUACGCUGAGUUUGAUGAAAGAAAUGGAGCCAUGGGCUGUGGCAUCGACCAAAAUGCACGGCUUGAUCACGCACCUAUACGAGGCGAGAGACCAACACUUGCGCGUUUGGAACAACAACGACGAAAGUCCUAUGAUUGUGCUUGGAUCCCCUGAUAACUCAUCAAUGCAGGCAUCAGAUGCAAUGAAUGCACGACAACUGCAAGCCGAUGAUGCGAACAUGAACAACUGCGCCAAUCCGAGGACUGUCAACUUGUUACAGACCGAGGGGGCAGCGGUUCCGUCAACGGGUGUGAACUCAGCGGUCACCAUGACCCAGUAUAGCAUCGGAGUACACAAUAACAACGCAACUAUGAAUCCGACAGAGCAGUUUUCCAGAGAUUUUUCGAUUUACAACAGCUUCGCAUGGCCAAAUGCGACUUUGGAAAGCCUUUUCGACUUGCCGGAUGACUUUCAGUACAUGAACCAAGGCAUGUUUGGCUUGGGAUGA